AAAAAUAGGCAACCAAAAUUGUGACAGCGGCAAAUUUGGUACUCCGAAAGCCUCGAUGCCACAGUGUCCGGUCAUCCUUGAAGCCAUUUACAACGAAAUGCCGUCAAAGAUCAAGCCGAAGGCUGUCAACAAUGAGAGUCAUUCUAAUAACUCACUGUCAUAGUCCGAAGCGGCUUGCCUUAAAAACGCAUAACGCGCAAAGAGGGAGAGAAGUCGUCCGCCGAAACACAGAGAAAAAGAACGCUUUGAGCAUCGUGGACAGUGGCCAUUAAACGCUUCAUCACUCGCUGUCAGUACGGGUGACAUAAAUGCAUGGUUUCUCUGUCAAAAAUUGGGACCUUCCCAGGAAUGGCCAGAAGAAAAGGAGCGGCCUUUUUAUGGCUUUAUGGCUUCAACACGCGCUCCUGGGUUUGCGCGAGGGACACUUCAUCGACUCGGACGUCAGCAGGCUAUUCUCAAGCGUGCCGCCAUGGACACCAAUGUACGAAUCACUCCCCCAUACGUGCCUAACGACCGACACAGCCCCUGGCGGGACUCUCAAGCGGACGAGCCCCAGCCGCUGGACUUCUCUCGGAAGACCUCCACUGAACCGCAGGACUCCGUACAACUGACCCCUUCCCCUACACCUCCAGAACCGCAGGCCUUUCUCCAUCCUUUUUCUGACGUCAUGAUGGCAUUCGGCACCGCCACCACCAGCCCCGGGGCUAAGAACGGCGACGAUGUCAACUUGCAACAGAGCAAUGUGGAAGCGAGUCUUCCAUCAUUGCGUCAGCCUGCCUUUCCGUCAACUCCAAACAAAUACACUCGUCCCUUCAAAGCAUAUCCACGAGACCCCCUGAGCGUGCCGCUCGGAUACUACGGCCUUCAGCUCCCACUGACCGCGGAAGCGUUAGCGGCUCAGAGCAUCAUCACUAGUGCCUCCGACCAGGCGUACCUCCAGUUCAGACAACAGAUGAUGAUCUCACGUGCGGACCACCGACGUGUCAGAGCGAGUCCCGAAAAUGCGAGUCAACUUAUCUGUUCUCCUCCGAACCAGAGAGAUAGCGAGGGCGAACACACGUCUUCUGACAACAGCAACGGUGACGUGCAACCCAUACGGCCCGCGGAUAGCAAGAAGCGCGGAAGGCUACCAGAAGACCUGAAGGAUGAAGCAUACUGGGAGAGACGAAGAAAGAACAACGAAGCCGCCAAAAGGUCGCGAGACGCGCGGAGAGCCAAGGAGGACGAGAUCGCUAUCAGGGCUGCCUUUCUGGAGCAGGAGAACCUCAAGUUGAGGGUCGAAGUCGCCGGGCUCAAGAAUGAAAUGUCAAAGUUACGUUGUCUUCUCUACCAGUAACCGGAGGAAUUGAACUGUUGAGGCGUCGGAACUCUUGGAGUGAGUCGAUCCCAAAGCGGCGUCCAUAGCGCAUACGUGUUGCCCGUUCUUCGUCACUGCAUCCAUGGGAACUGUUGUGAUAUGUGAAUUUCACCUCUUUUGUAAUAUGUUCUCAGGACGCAUGCUCACACGGGUGAACCUCAGGGAUAAGUUGGUUGAUGCAUCUCUAUACUGCGAGGGAUGAGUCAAGUUACUAUACCAAUGUUCCUUUCCUCUUUAUUUAUAUAUAUACAAUAUUUUUAAUACCUGGAAUCGUCCUGUAUUAUAGUUGAUCACAACCCAUUUUGCAUGUCCAGGCCUGUCGUUGUGCGAACGCAAGCUUUUCUGAGCGCGUAUUGAUUUUGAUACUUCACCAUGUGCAAUAAAAAACUGUUUCGAACGCUUUGAGCGUUCACUCUAACAUGCGAACGUACUUACAUAUUAUAAUUUAUUUUGCAGAGGCACUUUGCUUUGUUCAGUACCAUCGAAUACACGCGUGUCGUGGU